CCGGUUUUGCUUUCAACAUCUUGCAGCACACACACUGCUAGCUGCGUAGCGUACCGUAUUCAUCGUAGAGGUGACCAAAGCAAUGGCAAACUUUUGACUUCGACUUCGUGACGGGAAGUGGCACUAGAUCUAGAUCUACAGUCUUCGCUCUUUAUAAGCUGCCAAGAAAGAAAAAUGUGGAAUAUAUCUCAGGUUUUAAACAGGGCAGCUCCUUUGUCAUCGUUGAACGUUGCAUUUCGGGGUCUGUCUACAACAGCCUGCCUUGCCAAGAAUAAAAAAUCGGGAGUUCCUAAAGUGACCAGGUUCAGAACAAAACCUUUGACGUAUGAAGAGGCAAUCCCGCCAUCUGAAAUGAAUGUGAGGAAAGGAUGGCUCUCUUGGAAUACAAGCAAUCUCCAUGGCGAGAAACGUAUUGCGGAAACGACAUUUGAAGAUUUGUUCAUCAGGAAAUUUGUUUUCGGCACUUGGCAUAAUUCGUUAGCAUCAGAGGUGGUGAUAAAGCGACGGCACAACAUGAUCACUUUGGUCUUCCUGGUCAAUAUGGACAGAAUGCUGGCCCGACAGGUUUACUUCCUGCAGGGAUACACUGAGGAGUUACUCACACACUGGUUGAAAGGCCCAGUGAAAGUGGAACUACAGACCGUCAAUUCAAGAGAGGAUGUGAUUUUCAAGAAAAUUUAGCUUAUUAUAUAUGUGUACAGAUUAGAAUUAAAAUUGUUUCAUAAUUUUCACAUAUAUUUGUUGUCUUUUUUUAAAAUGUCUAAUCGUAUUGUUGUUAGGAAAGCAGGCUUUUGAACAAUUUGUGUUCCUUGUGGGGAUGAUUUGGUGUUUUCCUGGUUCAGCUUAUAAUGCAAAUUUUAAAAUGUGGUUCUUAAUAUUCUUAUAAUAAAAAUUCCAAGAUC